UUUAAAUUCUUAGCGGAUUUUAAAAUCUGUAGUUGAAGCUCAGUGGCAGAGCCAUGGCCAUGGAUUCUUCAAAUUUUAUGAAACUGUUGUUCUCUCUGCUGCUUUUGCCCUUCUUUUUCUUUUCUCCAUGCUUUUCCACCAAUUCUGACGGAAAUGCACUUCAUGCUUUUAGAAGUGUGUUGUCGGAUCCAACCAACGUGUUGCAAAGCUGGGAUCCCACUCUGGUUAAUCCCUGCACCUGGUUCCAUGUAACUUGCAAUGAUCACAAUCGUGUGAUCCGACUUGAUCUGGGAAAUUCGAAUAUUACCGGUCACUUGGUGCCGGAGCUUGGAAAGCUUGAACAUCUGCAAUACCUAGAGCUCUAUAGAAACAAUAUUGGUGGGAAAAUACCGAAGGAGUUAGGCAAUCUAAAGAAUCUUAUUAGCUUGGAUUUGUAUGAUAACAAACUCGAAGGUGAAAUCCCAAAGGCGUUUGCGAAGUUAAAGUCACUUAGAUUUCUCCGCCUAAACAACAACAGGAUUGGAGGAGUGAUUCCUAGAGAGCUCACAACGCUUCCAAACCUCAAAUUCUUUGAUGUGUCUAACAAUGAUCUGUGGGGGACAAUUCCAACCGAAGGUCCAUUUGCUAAUUUUCCUCUAAGCAGUUUUGACAACAACAAUCGACUACAUGGACCAGAACUACAAGGGCUGGUGUCAUAUGACUUUGGAUGUUGAAGAAACAGUGGUUUUUGAGAGGUUUUCUACUGCAUCCAUAGUAUAUUUUAUGGAUUCCAAACUGAAGCACUUACAUGCCUGGUUUGUAAUUGUUGACAAGAGUUGCUGUGUAUUUUAGAAUAAGUAGCCUCUAUACAAAAGUAAAAUUGUUCAAUUAAAAGGUUGAUAAUGAAUCCCAAAGAAACCAUAUAUAUGCUGAUUAGAGGAUAUACUUGACUUGAAAAUUUCCAAUUUGUAAUGUAAAAGUUUGCGAGUUUGUGUCC